AUGACCGCCCUGCCUCGAAAGCCAACUCUGGUCCCACCGAGCAGAACUAACCCCCUAACUCAGCCCCUGAACGCAGCAUCUGAAGUGCCAAUUGACCGCAGGGGCCUUGAAAGACGCUACUUUAAGAAGUCUGCCUCUGAGCUGAAGGUCUUGUCCUACUCUGACCUCAAACAAAGUAAAUAGCUUAAAGAGGGUAACUUCUGAACCCUUACAAGUGACAAGCCUGACCUACUGAUAGUAAAACUGGGAUAUUUGACAAAAACAUAAAUACAACAUGCAUAAUCAUAGCAAAAUUUACCCACUUUUCAGCCUGUCGAAGCAGGCCGAUUCAAUUCACAUUCUAAAAGGACGAUUAUUCUAAAAAGUGCUGAGGAGCCAGUAUUUUAAGUUUCCCUUUUCAACCUGUAAUCUAAAAUUUAUAACACAUCUUUAUACACAUAAGAAAGAAGCAAGCUGUUGUUUAAAUAAUGCAGCUUUAGUUCUUUAUGUUCACUACCAAUAAAAAAAAGCAUUAAGUUAAAGCCUGCAAAAGACAUUAGUGUUGCUCUACUAAAUGAUCAAAGCAGCAGAUUGAGGCUGUUAAAGAGUCUGAUUUAGCCCAUAAACCACCAGUUGAAUGACUCUGCUUUAAAUGAUCAAUGCCCAUAAUCACACACAUGCCGCAGACAUGCACAAAUGCACACAUUAAUGUACACAUUCUGCAGAGCUACCCCACAGCAUUGGGAGGAUCUCAGCUCCAUCUACUGGUGGCACCAAGAAUAAGCUGCUCUAUUGUUGCUGAGGGGGAAAUAAACACCAACUCAGUCCCCUAAAAUCAUUUUCUCCACUGUCUUUGCCAAGCCUCCCUCCCUCUAUUUGCACCUCCUUCAAGCCAAGAAACUAAUCUGACAUGAUUAGUUACAGUUUGCCAGAGCUGCAGCUCGGUAUCUUUUAUCAUCCAUAAAGACCUUCUACUAUACCAAAGGAGGAGGAAGGGAGUUUCAAAUUAGAUUUGAUGCAAGAUUUGAUACCAGGCAUUUCACAUGGUGGCUGUUUGUAAAAAGAUGAUUGAACAAAACAAAAUUCCUCCCCAAAAUCUGAGAAAGAAGUGAACUUAAACCUUCAAUCAGUGUAUAGUUUGGUGGGCAGCAGUAACAUAUUGUAAAAAGAAUGAGUCACACAAAUGAUCAACAGCUGAAAAAUACAUCAGUAGAAUUCCUCACAAUAGACUGUACAUGAAACUGAACUUUAACUUUCCUUGAGGCCAAGAGAUUUAGAGCUCCCUCUGCUGAGUGGCUGCAGUAUAGCAGCCAUAUGCCCCGAUUCCACCACCGUAAAUGUCAGCACCUGUGGAGGCCUUUCAUUUUGGCUUCACAGCUCACAACUGGCAAAUAUGAAGAUGCAUUGUCGAUUUCAUAUACAGUCAGUGAGCCUAGCUUUGUUUGAAUGCUUUCUGAUCUGAACAGAUGGAGUACAGUGUGAUCUUCUUGUCAGGUAUUGGCAGUAAGAUGAGAAGCAAAAAAAAAAAAGGGUGGGUGGGGUGGGACAAUUUAGAUUUUGAACAGAGUAAAAGAUAUCGGAGAAAAUUUGCAAUAAUUCAUCUGCAAUCGCACACGACUGAGUAUAAUUCAGGCUAUAUUUGAACACUACAUUUAUUUCUCAGCUAAACUGCAGCUACAUUGAUGUAAAUUGCCUGGCCAGUAGUAGCCAGCCGCAGCUCUCACUUGCUCGUUGGCCUCUGCCAUUCAAGGGUUUACAAUGAUGUCAUUGGGUAUCAUAGCAUUGAAAUAUACGAUCAUCUAGCUGUUCCUCCUCCUGCUGUGAAUUGUCCUUUUUGACGGAUAUAUUUUAUGACUCAGUUUCCUGUUUUUACUCAGACAUUCUCAACCUUUUCACAAAUUCCUAUUGUCAGGCAACAAUUGUGUGUUCGGUAUAGGAGACUUUUUUAUUCGGUCAUGGGGAUGUCAUAUUGGCCAAUCACAGUGGCUCUGAUUUAUUCUAGUUAUGUCCCUCCUGCAUCCCAGCACCCAAUAUUCACAAACAAUGAAAAUGCUGGUUGGAGAAUGAUAAUUAAAACGAGGAAUAGAGUUUGAUUGAUUGAAGAUUUCUACUUAUCAUUUGAUAUUGUCUAAAUUUUAAUAAAAAGUAUUUUUUUGCUUAAACUUGUGGUGUAGCAAAGGUUGCAGUAUCUUGUAGGUACUGUAUGCUGAGUAGGCAUAUCUAAGAACCUCUCUUCCUUCAACAUGAUCAACAUGACUGUUUUUCAUCUGUGAUGUGAGUUUGCAUGAUGGGGGUCUAGAGUGUCUCAGGGUAUGCUCAUAGUUGUAAAAUGUUUGUUCGUUUAACAAUUAAAUAUUCAUAAUAAUUAGAUCUAUUUGAAUUAUAUCUGGAUUGCUGUUUCAUCUGGUCACCUUCCUUCUGAGAGAACUUAAGACAAACUAACAAAUGUAGAAAGCAGUGAGAAAGGUGCUGGCGAACUAUUUUAUUUAUACACAACACUUGAUUUGAAUACGAUGAAAUUUCAUGUAACAUUUGUCUAAAUAUAUAAUGUGAAUAAAACUUUUAUACCUAACCUUUUCUGUGAACAUAAUGUCUGCUUGAACACAUCAGCUAGACUUUUAACAUCAGUGGUGGUUGUUAAAUAAUGUGGAUAACAACUCCCUCGAUCACCAGCUCCUCUGUGACAAGCACAAAUGACGUUGCGGACCUCUCGGGUUGCACUACAGCAUCCUAAUUUAACUAUCAAGUAGUCAAGUCUAGUCUUAAACUUCAUGCAUUUCAAAAGCAUCUUUUGCGUUGUGUGAUGUUCUGUCUAAUACAAAAUCUAAACUUCAGCGACCACCACAGACUUGACAUAAUUUCUUCAGCUUCUCAUUAUACUCACUUCUAAAAAAAAAUCAACUCUUCUGGACCCUGCACCAAUUUUCAUUCUUAGAUUAAAAAUAAAUUCAGCUUGAAAGAUGACCCAGAUGACAUCCCUGCAGUUCAACUUCGAUCAGAGCUCGGAAAGCUUCCUCUGAAGCCAGGGCAGACUCUAAACAGUUUUAUUUUAUGGGGCGCAGUAAAUUCUAUGACGAGUAAAGUGAAUUUUAUGUCCAAAUGUGUAAAAACCUCUUCGCUAUAAUCACCAAUGCCCAUAAAGAUCUGUGUUUUCUAGGGUAUCAUUCUAGUUUCCUAUCCAAAUUUCUGGGUGUUGCGUUUAUCUAAAAAAGUGUAUAUGUUUGUGGCCUUGUUUCUUCAUUCAUAUGACUUGGUGGUGUUGGCGUCUUUAAACUGCUGUGAGGAUAUAUUAGCUGGAAUCGGAAACUGAUGACUCUAUAUGGCCUAAAAGACUAAUUGUUUUAUACAUGUAUUGGCAUUGACAUUGUAACCACUGCCACCUUUGACUACAUUCUUCUUAAUAUCAGAGAUUUGAUUGGUGAAGUUUGUAACAAUCAAGUACAGCACAGUGAGUUUCUUCUUCAGAAAACAAAAUUAAGUGUAUACAGGGGAGUAUCAGCCUAGAUAGAAGAUGAACCACUUUGUUUGAGUAACCUAAAUUACCACAAAAUGAAAGUUCCCCACGGUAGCUUAAGGUACAAGUUAUAAAAAGAGAUAUUUAAAUGCCAUCUGAGGCAGUAUUAAGCAUUUACUUAGAUGUGGAAGAUUAACAUUGUUGGAGCAACUCAGACGACAGAAUAUUGCAGAAUUGCAGUGUGAGGCUUGAAGCUGGUAUCGCAGUUAUUUUGACAAUGUCAUACAUUACAAUAGGAUACAGUAUGAAAAUGAUCCAGCUGGUAGGUCAAGUGCCCUCUUGGGUAAAUCUCUCUUGGACUCAAGCGUAGCACAUUUUAACCUCCUUCACAGUUGUACUGAUACGUAAAAACACAACAAACUAACAACAAUCUGCAUGCAAACAGAGUAACACAUACUUAAGAAAACCACAAACAGCACACACUGCACAAUACCCAUAUUACAUGAGAACUGCACAAAUCUGAUAAGAAUAAGAAUAACUUUUUAACUGAUAUGAACAAGUACAUCAUGAAGUUAUUGCCAAAGCUUUAUAAGAAACACAGUUAAAAAUGUUAUUUAUUUGGACACAAAUUAGUUAAGGUCUCAUUUAGGGAACCCGUGUCUUUUGCCUAAAUGUGAGAGGUAUGAAUGUAGAACUGUGUUUAGCUGGUCACAACUGGCAACAAGUUUAUGCUUUUCUUGUAACCCCCAAAAGCCAAGAAGGAGAAUAAUUCAAAUAAAUUGUACAACUUGUAAAUGCUCCUUCUUAAAGCAAGAGCUCGUGGGAAACUUCAUGAGAUUACAUUUCUCAUUGUUGUGGAAGGAUAUUUCCUGGCACUCAUCAUCUAAAUGCACAGGUUUCAGAUAACAUUCACAGAAUAUUUACACAGGUAGAUAACUGUCUCUGUGAAUCAGCAUAUAAAGUUAUGAGUCUGUAAAUGUUCUCCCAUCAUGGUACAAUUACAGACAAAUACAUCACUUUGUUAUCAAUGGACACUGCUGCUCAUGAAGUGAUUAUACUAAAAGAAAUAAGCUACAAGAACCUGCAAAGAACAGUGACAAGACAAAUCCUCCUCUUUUUAGAAACCCAAACACGGUCCCUCACAGCCUCUAUCUGUACCUGGAUCAGAAAAUGAAUUGCUGCCGUCUGUAUAAAGGAUUCCCUCCAUUCUCAUACUGUCCUUCACCAAGCAACGCACUAGUAGUCAUUUUCUGACAUGAAGGAUCUACAGCACAACAAGCUAACAAGUCCUUCCCAGUAUUUUUAUUUUUGGUCAAGGAAGUUGGGUAAUUUGAGCACAUUUGAGAGUCAGUAUUUUGCUUUCCUGAUGAGUGGAACAUGAUGUCCUGAUGGAGCAGUGAUUUGCUUGAUAACAUCACACAUGCAGUUACAGAGAGCGUCUGUGAAGGGCUAAUAGCUUCUCCAAGGAUGGGAUCCAAGCUCAUUUGCACCAUGCAAAUCCCCCUUUUUUGGAGAGAGCACUUCCAAGACAACCACAAUGAUUUUCAGUGUGCAUUUGUGGUAACGAUAUAGGUUAGAUAGCUUUCAGAAAAAGAGCAUGUGUGCAAAGGAAGACAGAAAAUAAAAACAAAAAAAGAAGGAAAGGGAAAAAGAUGUUAUUCAAUAUUACUUAUCUCUUUGAGAUCCGCACUGUGACGUUCUGUACCAGGCUGUGAAACACUCAAAUUAUUCUUUUCGUCUUUUAUUCAUGACCUGCGGGACAUCCUGACUUUCCCUCUUACUGCUUUCUCCAAGUCAAACUCAAUCUCCCUCCUCGCCCUUGUUUCUCUUCCCCCCUCUCUCAAUCCUUCUCUUUCCCUCCUUCUCUUUCGCAUUUUCCUCAUUCUUUCAUUUCCCAUCUUAUCAUCCCCAUGUGUGAUAUCUCUCUGAGCUCAUGCAUUCAUGACUGAUUACUUAUUUACAUAAACUAUAUAAUGCAGUGCUGGGAAAAGGGUGGCCUUAAGAGCUUUGACAUGCAUGUUUUUUAUGAUUAUGAUUACUGGUAAUUAUGCAUUGAUGGAAACCACGUCCAUUUGCGGUGUAGUAUGCAGAUAUUUUUAUUUAAUGAGCCUUACAGGACAGCUAACAUUGUAUAUGAACAAUUCGUCAAAAAUGUAUUUUACUUACCAUGUUGCUAAAACCUAUAGAGUAAUACAUUAAACAUUGAACUUUUAAUGUAUCCCCUGCAAAAUUGAGUAAUUUGAAGAGGGUCAGAUAUAAUUUAAAAGUGACUUUGUUGAACUGUAUCCCUACUUGGAAUUUAUAAGCAAAGAGGUAAAUUACCAUUUUAUUUUUGCUUUGUUUUCAUUUUACAUUUUUUUCAUGUAUUUGGUCACUCAUCUAUCUCCGGUUCUUUAUUUCUGAGAGAUUACUAUAUGUUGUUGAGGGGUAAUUGGCUGAAUUAAGUCAAGAUCCUUAAUUUUAUUAUGUAAUUAAGUAAAACAAAGUGAACAAACAACCGCAGAUGGACAUAAGAAACAAAAAAUUCAAAGUUAAGGAGAAUAUGUGGUUGGGUUCACAUUUUACAGUUACUACAUUUACAUGCUGUUAUAAAAAAAAUAAAAAUCAAUGCACUGAAUAAGUCGCCUCUAUCAUGUACGUUUAUAUUGGACCUAUUGCUGCAGGUUGGCCUGGAGGUUUAAUGGCAUAAACGAGUUGCUAAGAAGCUUAAAAAAAAGAUAGCGUUUUCAUUUCAUUUCAUUGUUUUGGUGAACCAGUAGAUGACCCACUGUUUAUUCAGCAGAAACCCAGAAACGAAAAGUAGUAUGAUUAAUGGCUGUAACUUUUAAAGACUGCUUACAUAAUAGAGCCCAGAGAUUCACCAUACCAAAUAAUAUACUUGCUUUUCUUCAUUUGUUUUUCUUAAUUUGUUGUGUUUUAAAGGCCUGCCUUACUGAUCAGAUGCAAAUGUUCAGCUCAUUAGUAAUCUAAAGAAGCAUAUUGCAUCCAAUAAGGAAAAAACAUGCUUUAUUUUUUCAAAAUUUACUGGCUCGUUAUCUCAAAAUUAUUAGAAAAAUUGAUGGAUAAGAAUUUUUUUCACUCUUUUUCUAAACUAGCAAGAUAAUUAUCUAAGAAUCAUGAUAAAACUUGUUUUGUAAAUAAAAAAAUGCAAUGUUUCUGAAUAUAAUAUAAUGGAUACUUCCAAGAAAACAUUUAUAUUUUUCUGAUUUAGCAUGAUAACUGUCUUAUUAAUUCAGAAAAAUAAGGCAAGUUUCAUAGACAGGUUAUUUAGUAAUUCUGUGAUAAUUAUCUUCAGAAAAAUAAAGAUUUUUUUUCUCUAGGUGAAUGCAAUACACUCCCAUAGCCUUUUUUUAUACCCCUCUUUCUUGUUCAGUUUGCAUUCAAUACAGAUGCCAUGCUUUCCUGACCCUUCCCAAAGAAACACAUCUACAGCUCUUUGUGAGGAUAAAAAGAGUGAAUACAUUCAAGAGGGAGGUGACAUUCAAUAACUACAGUAUAUGUAAUGUGAUCUCGAAGUCUUCUCCUCAUUUAUUCUAUUAAAACAGCAUCGGUCAACCAUUACAGAUUCAGCUCAGUAUGUCCCAUCUGCCCUGUUACAAUUGUUACAUAACAGUGAAUGUGAAUUUGCAGUUCUGUACCAACAGAGUGAAUCAGAUUCUGGAAAUGUCAGCUCUCUAUUGUUGACUCAGGAUCGAUAGAGGCAGACAAGCAGUUAGACAUUUGGUCUUUCAAAGCCUAAAUCUAAUACAAUAAUGUUCAUUCUGAGUUUCUGUGCAGUUUCUAUUGAUAGCCUGUCAAUGAGCUGGCAAGGAAUGUUUUGUUGAAACUGAAGAGCAUAGGGAAACAAUGUUGGUGUCUCAGAUUGCUUAAGUUUGCUGAUUGUACUCUUAUUCUAGGUAAUUUUAUUGUACACUAUACCGUCUCCCUUCAGAAUGAAGUAUACUUUGUCCAUAUUUAUGGUUCCGAUAAAACCAAGUAGAUUUUGACUGAAUAUCAAAAGUCUUAAGGAAAUCAACAAAAUAUGACCCUCUCUAGUUGCAUUUGCAAAAGUCCAUUGUAUAAGCAUCUGACAUUUUAUGUGUUUCAUCUCAUUUAGUCAAUAACACAGGUGUUUGUUCUUCUUCCACCUGUCCAGACCUACCUCUGUGCCAGGUCACGUAACAACACAUGAACAGCAGGGUCCUCUUUGACAGGUGCAUUACCCAGAAGUCCCCUCUCACCUUUUUAUGUGCCUCUGUGUCCCUUCAGUGACGUACGUAUCGAGGUAAAAACAAAAUACAUGUCACUGAGGUUGUCGCUGUGUGGCUAGCCCUUUAGCCCUCCAACACCGUCAGUUCUGCAGCUAACAACAAUCACCCUGUCUCUUACCAUAAUUAGAGAGGAUGGCAUGUUGAUCUGCACACACUGUAGAGUCUCUGCAAGCUGUGUCCACAGAGGUCUCAGAUUUUGUUCCAUCUGCUGGUGACAAAAGGUGUGAAUAUGAAGACAAAUUUGGUAUUAAAAUGUAUGAUCUCUCGAGAACAAAGGUCAAUAAUAACAACUGUGCACAAAGUUCUGACAGCACUGUCAUAUUUUCUGUCAGAGGAGUGCAUCUGAGGUGGUUAGAUAAUAAGAUCAACUCAUGUCUUUGAACUUUCAGCCAGAGUGAUGAUGUCUGUGUGUGUGUGUGUGUGUGUGUGUGUGUGUGUGUGUGUGUGUGUGCGUGCGUGCGUGCGUGUGUGUGUGUGUGUGUGUCUUGUUUGGUCUCUCUGUAAAUCUGAGUAAAAUAUAAUGUGCAUAUGUUAUCAUUGGUUUUGUUUGAUAAUCGGAAAAAUUAAACAGUAAUUUGUUGAGUCAUUUAGCAACAAUAGGAAUAUUCAAAAAGUACACAAAUCACUACAUAAUACUUGUGCAUGUAGUCUAACAAGAAUGUACUUCAACUUUGUCUGAAGCUGUUUGAUUUAUUAUUUCAGUGUGUUUUCCCCCCUCAUCAUACAACUGCACAGGGCCCGCUAGAGCCAUUUCGGUGCACUAGACGGGAUAAGGAUCUGGACCCCACCACAAAUAAUAAAUAUGUAAAGAAUAAAAUAAAAAUGUAAAAUUAAGAAAAUUGUGUAAGGUCCUGUUGAGGUUUUAAGUAAAUACUAAAUCAAGUUCAAAUACUCCCAACAGCCUCCACAACCUGGUUGAGCAUGGUUUUAUGACAGAGGUCUGGAGGUCAGCGUCUAGCUCUUCAGGCCUUUCCUUGGAUUCUGUAAAUCUCACAUGGGAGACCUGGGCUGAGGCAUGAAUGAUUAUAGAGAUGGUCAGUUAUGGAGUCAGUUUGAAAGGUGAUAAAAACUUCGAAUUGACCAAUUGAGAAUAGCCAAAGGUUUGGGUCAACCUCCGCUUGGGUCAGUGGUGUAACCUGAAAGUCUAAACAAGUCUGGAAAAAUGUAUAUGACUCUGUGUCGUGGGACCAGAUAAGGAACCUUUCCUGCGAGGAAUGUGCGAGUUUCCCACACAGGGUUGUGUUGAUGCUAAAUCACUUUCAGAGCUUUGGCUUCAUUUUAAGGACAACACUUGCUAAAUGAAAUGCCAGAUUUCACUUGUAGUUAAGUAUUCUGAUCCUGUUUCAUUACAACUGAGGGUUUUUAUCCCAGUUAACAGACUGAACAAAUCAUUCAGUCUUUUCAAGCUUUUAUAUAACCUCCAUUAUAUCAUUAAGACUUGGGCUUGUAUGAAUUGGUGGAAUUUAUGAUUUCUUCAAAGUGGUUUCAUACAGGUGAAGGUAUAUUGUUGAAAAAAAAAAUAAGUAUACUCGAUUUUACAAAUGAAACCCCCUAAAUCUUCCACACUGGUGCUGAAACACGCACACAGUUAUGAUGACCUCAGUGAUAACAAUGCAGUCUGGCUUCGCUUGCACAGAGUCACAAUAACCAAAAAGUGACAGCACCUCAUCAGUGCUGGUCUCACAUGUUUAAAGAUGAACGCUGUCUGAGACAACAAAACAGACUCUGAAAGCCUGUACUUAAUUUAGAGAUUCAACUGGACACCUUGUCAAGAGGUAACCUUAGCUGUCUGCUCUUGCCCGUAACACUGUGUAGAGAGUGGCCUUAAAACUUCCAUCAGGUGCUGCAUGACCCAUGUGGUUCGACAGGUGGUGAGGUUGACAGAGAUGUGGACCUUCGCCAUGACGGUGGCUGUUCUGAGAUACCCUCUGUCUCUCUGCUAACCCCACAUGAACAGGUAGGUGUGUUCUGUUGAUCUCAUCUGUGGCCAUAUUUAGCCUUUGAGUGUGCGCAUAUAGCUACAAAGGGAGACUUAUAUUAUACCUGUAGGAAAAUGUAUGUAUAUAUGUUUAAGUUUACAUCCUCAACAACAAAAAGCCUUGACACCCAAAAACAAGAAAGAUGGCGGCAUCUACAGAUAAAUAUUGGUUGUGUUGUGUUGUGUUUAGAAUGCAGCACAUCUCCAUUCAGGUCAGGCUCAGCCAGAUGCUCAUGAAUACAGUUGUAACUCGCAGACCUGCAAGGGUAGUUAUACGUACCAAAGUUUUGGAAAGCUCAAGGUCACUUCCUGUUUAUUCUCACUUGGUCACAUACUUGCUGUCAGGCCAUUGACUGCCUGGCUGACCCUUCGUUCUAGCUGUGGCAUUCGACAUGACAGUUACAGGGUUUCACUUCAUAUUCAUUUGAAUCAUCAUUUCUUUAUUUUUUUAAUGCCUCAUUAAAAUUAGUAGGGCUGUUGUUCACUUAAUUUUUUUAUUCCCCUUGGGUUGGGAUGCACUCGCAAGACAAGGUUAACACUCAAUGACGCAAAUGUGAUAAUUAAAUAAAAACUUUGGACACCUGUCUUCAUACUGAAGCUUAACAAACUACAAAAAUAGCUCUGAAACUAGAGAUGUGUGUUUGUUUGAUUUUUUACCCCAAGUGAUGCGCCCAGUGCUCAUUUUUUUUCCAGAGCCUGGACUUUGUUUUCGGGGUUAACACCAUCUGUAAGUCUUUUCUUAACAAGGUGAAUUUGUAGGUGAGACAAUUGCUGUCCUUGUCCAAGUUUACAUGCACUGGGCAAGAAUCUAAUUAUUGACAGAAGCAUGUCCAUUUUUGCUAGGUGAGGUGGCAAAUCCUGCUUUCAGCUUGUAACCAUCAGACCAUCUAUCGUACAUGGUAGUAAAUGGCUGAUGGGAUGUCACUUUUACAGCUCUGUGCCAUUUAUGACGAAAGUCUCACAUGUUUUACAUCAUUUCUGUGUCUGACAAGUUUUUGUUUACCACCUGCUUCCUAGCAAUCCAUUUAAAAGUCCAGUUUCAGUGAGACUGAGGCUGUAUGACUUGAAUGUUGAGGCAAGCUACCUAGCCUAGCAGCAUGCGGCUAUUUUUCUUUGCUCUGAUUAGCCAAAGAGUUGUGGUAACAAAUUAUAAAAUUUAACUCAGAAAUAAAGCUGGAACAAGGUUCCCAACUAAUUUGCAUAUAUAAUGGUCUGACAAUGUCAAGGCACCACAAACACAACAACCCCACAUUGCUCUUAAAGGUAAUCUGGUUUCUGAUUAGGAAAGGAGACGUAAUCUCAGUGCUGCUCGAGCUGGCAAAAACAAUGAGCACAAACUGAAUUGUGUGUUCUCCAAUGGGUGAAACAAAGGGAAAGAAUUCAAAAGGAUCCCUGUGCACAUCUUAGCUUCAAGAGAAGGGGUACUUUUAUCACAGUGAAAAUGCAUGGCAUGAGAAAUUGCAGGAAAUAGAUGCCUUUGUGAAUAUGUGUUAAUUAGGGACGAACACUUCCAAAGCCAUAAUUAGUCUGUGUCCGUUGUCCUUCUCCUUAGCCUCCCUUCCUCUCUCAAUGUUCAGCUGGAAAAAAAAAUCGGGAUAAAGAGACGAAUGGCAACUAAAAAUAACAUAUCUUCUUGUGAUCAUUAAAAUGAGAAAGUAGAGGAACAGCUGUUAAGAACAAAAUAAACACAUUAACACCAAAACUCUGCAGUGUGCAAUCACAGAGGCCCAAAGAGACAGCUGUCUGCCUUUAAUUACAACAAUGUCCAUUUCCCUUUCGUUUAGUAUUGUUACAACUUUCAUUCUUCUUUGUCUGUAUUCAAAUAUAUUUUUAUCAUAUUUCUUCAGAUUUGUUUUUCUUCAAAAUUCAAUACUGUAUAAAAUUCCUGAAAUUUGAGAUGUUCACAUAAUGCAUCAUUUGCUCUGUAUAGUUCAGCUCAGGCAAUUAGUUAUGAAAUCCUAAAGUAUGAUAUGCGUUCCAAUUUUACAGCAUUAUUCUUAAACAUUUUCAACUUUUAUGACAAGUACUCGCGGAUUUUUCACUGGAACAAAUUCUGUUAUUCAUAAUUUACAUCCUGAUGCUAAUUUCAUGUUUUUUGUCCUGUCUCAGUGGUGUAUGAAUGCUUUUUGUUUCUGCCUAGCUCCUACAGCAACAUGUCUCAAAGAAGGAGGGGGAGGUCCUCUCUGACCAGCAGCUCUGUAACCAGGAAGGGGGCUCUAGUCUGGACCAAGCGGACCCAGAACCUCUAGAGUUCAAAGAGGAACAGACCAACUCUGCACUAGUCAAGAUGGAGAGCAGCUUAAAGCAGACCAAGAGACAGAAGACAUUGAGUUGA